CCUCGCUGGGUCCUUCCUCGGCGCCGUCCCUUAGCUGCCCGCCGCAGCGCCUUGCCCCGCUCGGGCUGUGCGAGGCGGGACGAGCGGCAGGCCCCGCGCAGCGUGUCUCCCGGGCGACGGGGCGAUGCGGCGGCCCAACCUGCUGCUCACCGGUACGCCGGGCGUUGGUAAAAGCACACUCGGGAAGGAGCUUGCGUCGAGGACUGGGCUGACCUACAUCAACGUGGGUGACUUGGCCAAAGAAGGAGAACUAUAUGAAGGUUUUGAUGAGGAGUAUGAAUGUCCAAUUUUGGAUGAAGACAGGGUAAUCGAUGAGCUAGAAGACAAGAUGCACGAGGGUGGAGUUAUUGUUGAUUACCACGGCUGUGAUUUUUUCCCCGAACAAUGGUUUCAUAUCGUAUUUGUACUUCGCACAGACAAUUCGUUUCUAUAUGACAGGCUGGAAAGCAGGGGUUACAAAGGGAAGAAGCUACAGGACAACAUUCAGUGUGAAAUUUUUCAGACUCUUUAUGAGGAAGCUGUGUUGUCAUAUCGGGAGGAAAUCGUGCACCAGUUACCCAGCAACACUCCAGAAGACCUAGAGAGAAAUUUGGAUCAGAUUAUGCAAUGGAUUGAGCAAUGGAUGAAGGACAACAACUGACAUUUGGUGAAAAAGUAACUUUGCUGGUCUCUUCCUGGGAGGUUUAAUAAAUGACAUUUUUUAACUCUUGUAUGGUUAAUUAAAAUUAAUUUAAUUGUAGUUUGACAUGGUUGGAAACUAGAAAAAGCUUCCAAAUAGCCAAGCUGUAAGGCUUUGGAACAGUCUGUGAAGCCGUGUGGGAGAGGCACACAGAACUGAGACCAGAGUAAAAAUUGAGCAGCGAAUGUAAAGAGGAUAACGACGCAGUUGCCUUUAGUAGCAGGAACAAACUUGAAACCUAGCCUUUUUUUUUUCCCCCCACUAAGAAAACUGUAAAAUCCUUAAAAUUAAGGAGCAUUCAAUUUCAAAAGGGUAGAUCAGUCAGUGUCCUGAACAGCAGUCAGUUUCUGAAUUGCCAGACUUCAAAUUGCUAAGCUCCACUAUAUAUACUUGACUAUGUGCAGGCUAAUGUAGGGUGAGGGGUGAUAGAUUUUAAGGACAGUGCUUCAUUUUUUGAGGGAAGAGAUGUGACCUUGCUAAAAGAGCUGUGUAUAAAUGGAAUUAUUCAUGGUGUAAGGAAACGUUGGCUGUCCCUGCAGUAGCAUAGAAUAGCAAGCUGCAAGCUUGCUUUUUCCUUUUUGUCUCAGCAUUCUCUGUUGCCUAUCCCAAUCAUAGAACGUAUUCAUGGGUUGAAGUCUAUGAAGAAAGUGUAUCAGUUGGUAGGACAGCUAGGAUGCAGGAAUCCAAAAAAAAAACACGGUUACACUUACAGUACCAGCAGCUAUCUGUUCUAAUUGUUUAGAACAGUGAUGGUGUGGGUCCCAGGAGAGCACGGAUGUGUACCUUUCUUCUCUGAAAAGGUGGAUUGUAAAGCCUUAUUGAAUGUUCUGUGGAAAGUGCUUGCAAAUAAACUUUUUAUAUCCGUGAGCUUGAACA